GACGUAAGGGGGCGGGACACACUAAGAGACGGACUCGAGGGGCGGCGGGGGGCCGCGCUAUGGACCGCUAUGCGGGCGCCGGGGACGAGGCGGCGGACCGGGCCCGGCAGCAGGAGCGGCACUACCAGCUGCUGUCAGCGCUACAGAGCCUGGUCAAGGAACUGCCCAGCUCUUUUCAGCAGCGCCUGUCCUACACCACGCUCAGCGACUUGGCCCUGGCGCUGCUCGACGGAACGGUGUUUGAGAUCGUACAGGGGCUUCUGGAGAUCCAGCACCUCACCGAGAAGAGCCUCUACAACCAACGACUGCGGCUGCAGAACGAACACAGAGUGCUCAGACAGACUCUGAGGCAGAAGCAUCUGGAAGCCCAGCAGUCCUGCCGGCCCCACAACUUGCCAGUGCUCCAGGCAGCCCAGCAGCGUGAGCUGGAGCCCUGGCAGGCCUUGGAACACCGGAUCCGGGAGGAGCAGCAGGCAAUGGACCGAAAGAUUGUCCUGGAGCUGGACCGGAAGGUUGCUGACCAGCAGAGCACGCUGGAGAAGGCAGGGGUAGCUGGUUUCUAUGUGACCACUAAUCCUCAGGAGCUGACGCUGCAGAUGAACUUACUGGAACUCAUCAGGAAGCUGCAACAGAGGGGCUGCCAAAUGGGAAAGCCGGCUCUGUGACCAAGUGGGUGGUCCUCGCUGUCCUCUGUUGUCUAGGAUGGCUGGCACCACAGCCUUGUCUGUGUGGGGGCUACUGACUGUCCGGCUGCCAACAGGCCUGAUCUCUCUGAGGAGCUGAUUAGACCCUGGCUAUGCCUGCUGCCACCCACUGAUCAGAUCUGGAGGGGAAAGGUCCAAGCAAUAGGAAUGGUGUCAUGAGAAGGCCCCAUGACUGAAUGUUGAGUGGGAAUGUGGGUCCCUCUGGGUAUAUCCCUCCAGGCUUGGGCUUUGCCUUGUUCCUGUGUAGCCCCUCCCUUGACAGCCCCCACCCUCGGUGGAAGAAGCUACAAAACCCAAGCCCAGUAUGGCCUAGAAAAAUAAAGAACCCAGGACGUGGUU